AUGCCGAAUCGAGACGAUGAAGGAACCCCCGACCAAGGGGAUGAGCACACUGGCUUGCUGGAUCACGGUGGAGGAGCGAGGAAGAUCGUCUCAUAUCCCGCCAUGAGGGCAGUCCCGAUCGCCUUUCUGGUCUCCCUGGGCAUACACAUGACGGCCACCUCGAUCGUGUGGGCAUUUGCGUAUUUGAGCUGUGAGGAUCCCAACAACUGCAAGCCAGAUGAAUCGCGAACAUAUGCCGGGUCCGUUGCGGCCGCCACUACCUUAGCCAACACGGCCGGUUUACUCUCCUUGGGGUAUAUGAAGCAGUGCGUUCAAUGGAAUGUCCGUUUUAGCCUGGUUCUUUCCAUUUUCUGUCGGGCCUUGGGAGUUCUCGGGGUUUUUUGUGGAGUCCUCUUCCACGCUUUCCCUUGUGCCCUCAUCGGCCAAAUCCUGCAAGGUCUGGCGUCGGAUAACCUGUUGCACUACAUACUCAACUCGAUUUACGUCCAUUCCGAAUCUCCAGCGACCACCUCUAGGCUGAUGGGGACCUCUCUGGCCUGCUAUAUGAUGGGAAUGUCGGUUGGGCCCCUGACCGCAAGCUGGGUGCCCUUUGUCCAUUGGACCUUCGUGCUCGCCAUUGGGACUUUCUUGAUUACAAUUGCGUAUGUGCUCAUAGCAAUCCCACCGAUUCGCAAGACGGAAGAGCCAGCAACGAGUGCCCUCGUUCCCUCUGCGGGCCUGGCCACCUUUCUUUCACCUCUUCGAUUUUUCCGAGACUAUCCUACGGCCAUUUUCUUCGGACUGUCACUCUUCCUGUACAACACGGUCCAGGGAUAUCUAGUCAACCUGAUCUUCAUCUUCACCUCGGUGCAAUUGCACUACACCCCGAAGGACAACGGAACGCUUCUGUCGCUUAUCGCCAUCACUGCGGCCGGCUAUCUUAUGAGUAUUUCUUUUAUCCUUCCGAAACUUGCCCGUGAGAAGCAGAUCCCACUCUGGCUGGACCUGGGAGCCGCAACAAUUUCCCUUCUGGGCCAGGCGGGGGCAGCCCUUCUGUUGACACAGUCUCAGCAGGUGUACCUAGCUGCCUCAUUGACAGCGAUUGGACUGGCCACGCCUUCGUUUGUUCGAAGUUUGGUGAUCACUCAGCUGGAAGCAGCCAAGUCGCAAGCCGUGGCAGGGCUGACAGUGAUGGAAACCGCGGGUGGUCUCCUGAGUCCAGUCGUCUUAGGUCGAUGGCAAGCAGCGGACCCAGGAGUAUCUGCUUUUUAUGGAGUAGCAGGCAUACUGAUUGGGUCGCUCGGGUGCUUAAUGAUGGGGGCGUGGGCAUCGACGCGAACAUGGACAUGGAGGAUUCCCAGUCUUUCUCGCAGGAGGUCCGACUGUGUUUAA